AUGCAAUUCUCGACUCUCCUCGCUCUUCUUCCGCUUCUUAGCAUAGCCUACGCGGGAACAUUGGAGAUUAUUGAUGAUGGCUGCAUCACAAAAUGCCAGCCCUGUUCGGUUGCAGACCCCAUAAGGAGGCGGAAUGUCAGCAUGGCACCUCAGUUCACAAAGUACAUGUGA